GGAAGGAUCCCCAAAAAGAAAAGACUGAAAAAGGUUCCAAGGUGGACCGAGGAAAAGGAUAAAUAAAGAGAAGAAUGGGAAAGAGAUUGGAGAACAAAGCCGCUAAUCUAUUGGAGCGACGAAAAUGGCCUCCGCACCCACCAUGGUGGAACCUUGAGAUUGUGGGGAUGAAUGCAUUGGAGUGCUACCGCUGAAGGCUGGUUUCGAAGUUGUCCUCGAAUGAAGGGCAAUCUAUAGAUUCUGUGUUGCACCCUUCUCUGUUUCAUGGGCAAUUCAUGCCGUGGAUCAUUUAGAAGUAUAUAUCAGGGCUAUAGAGAGCCCAUUGAUCGAUCAUUUUCGAGGAGGAACGAGAGUUCUGUUGACGACCGUGCCGGCUUUGAUUGUUCACCGCACAGCCUAUCACAUUUGAUUCCUCAGGGUUUUGAAAAAGCAGACCCUAUAAAACAUAAUUCAGGUGUUAACUUCCAAGGAAUUGAGGAUAACGGGAUGAGACGGGGAGGUGAGAACCAGUCAUAUUAUGUGCUGGGGCAUCGAACAGCUAACAUUCGUGAGCUAUAUACAUUUGGAAGGAAAUUAGGUCAGGGGCAGUUUGGAACUACAUAUCUGUGUAUAGAAAAUGCUACUGGUAAAGAAUAUGCAUGCAAAUCUAUUUCCAAGAGGAAACUAAUAUCUAAAGAAGAUGUUGAGGAUGUGAGGAGGGAGAUACAAAUAAUGCACCAUCUUUCAGGCCACAAAAAUGUUGUAACCAUUAAAGGAGCUUUCGAGGAUUCUUUGUAUGUUCAUAUAGUGAUGGAGCUGUGUGCUGGGGGAGAGCUGUUUGAUAGAAUCAUCCAAAGAGGGCAUUACAGUGAAAGAAAGGCUGCUGAGCUUACACGCAUUAUUGUGGGUGUUGUUGAAGCUUGCCACUCCCUCGGGGUCAUGCAUCGUGAUCUGAAGCCAGAGAACUUUUUGCUAGCUAACAAGGAUGAUGAUUCUUCACUCAAGGCUAUUGAUUUCGGUCUCUCAGUUUUUUUUAAGCCAGGUCAGAUUUUCACUGAUGUUGUUGGUAGCCCAUAUUAUGUAGCUCCAGAGGUUCUGUGCAAGCAUUAUGGACCAGAAGCUGAUGUCUGGACUGCAGGAGUAAUACUUUAUAUCUUGUUGAGUGGUGUCCCUCCUUUUUGGGCAGAAACACAGCAGGGAAUUUUUGAUGCUGUUUUACGUGGAGUGAUCGAUUUUGAAUCAGACCCCUGGCCUCUAAUAUCUGAUAGUGCUAAGGAUCUGAUUAGGAGGAUGCUCUGUUCUCCCCCUUCAGAACGCUUGACUGCCCAUGAAGUUCUAUGUCACCCUUGGAUACGAGAAAGUGGUGUGGCUUCUGACAGACCAUUGGAUCCCGCUGUCCUUUCUCGUCUCAAACAGUUCUCGGCAAUGAACAAAUUGAAAAAGAUAGCUCUGCGGGUUAUUGCUGAAAGCCUUUCUGAAGAAGAAAUUGCAGGCUUAAGAGAAAUGUUCCAGACAAUGGACACUGACAGUAGUGGUGCAAUUACUUUUGAUGAGCUUAAGGCUGGUCUUAAAAGAUAUGGAUCUAAUCUAAAAGAAUCUGAGAUACGUGCACUUAUGGAUGCGGCUGAUGUUGACAACAGUGGAACUAUCGACUACGGGGAGUUCAUUGCUGCUACACUUCAUCUCAAUAAGCUAGAGCGCGAAGAACAUCUAGUUGCAGCCUUUCAAUACUUUGACAAGGAUAGUAGUGGCUACAUAACAAUUGAUGAACUCCAGCAAGCUUGUUCUGAACAUAACAUGACCGAUGUACGUCUUGAUGAUAUUAUCCGGGAGGUUGACCAAGACAAUGAUGGACGGAUUGACUACAAUGAGUUUGUAGCCAUGAUGACAAAGGGCAAUGGUGGAGUUGGAAGGCGGACCAUGCGCAACAGUCUGAAUAUGAGCAUGAGAGAUGCCCCCAGCACCCAUUGAUCUUGAGGGUACCUUGUGUAGCAUCAAAACGAUGACUGGUAACUGGUGCUCUAAAUCGUGCUCUAAAUCUUUAUCAUGGGAAACUAAAAGGAGGAAACAGAAACACUUUAUGGUGACUUGUUGCUGAACCUUCCUCUUCGACUAUGGAGACCACCCUCAGUGAAGCCUGCCAGCCAUUACUUGCAAAGAAUCUCACUGAAGAAUUAAUCUGAAGUUCCUUAAUCUCGAACUAUGAAUGAACACACACCCACUUAUUGUGAUAUUUGUUGUAAGUAAACGACUGAUGAGCAUAACGUGAACACGAGAAUCGUCUUUUUACUGUACAACUGUUGUGAGGGUACCAGGUUUGACAUCUAUAGGAAUAAAGCCUGUUUUAUGGGUGUA